AUGGCUAUGAAAGAAUAUCUCCAAUGGUUGCCACCUCCUCGUUCUCUGCUGGCGCUCUUGAUGGCUGUGACUGGCUUCAGUGGGCGUCUAUUUGCAGCUCACGUCGCACAUUCACCGACACUUCUUGUGGACGCCUGCCAUUCCUUGUGUCGACUUAUCGGUCUUAUCACAACUCUAUUAACUUUUAAGUAUGAACGAGCUGAUGAAGGUGCUGGACGCGAAGGCCGUCUCCGGAACACAUUCGGUUGGGCCAGAAUCGAAGUCCUCGGAAGACUUUCGGUGCACGUUCUCUUCGCGUCGUUUUCCCUUGCCUUAGUAGUGAACGCGCUGCAGCUGGGCGUGCAUUCAUCUCAUGUUCAGCCUCCAAGAUACCCCAGGGUCAUUUUGGGAAGUGGUGUGAUCGGUCUACUGCUGAAUGCCAUCAACUAUCUUCUCCUCGCGGGACGAGAACUAAGUUAUAGUAGAAGACUGAGUGUGACAGAGGGCGGGGGAGUGGUUCUCAAAUCAGGAUCAAGGGAGCCUGUACUGGCGCAUGCACCGAGCGAUAUUACAAGUAGCUUGUGUGUGAUGGCUGCGGGCUUAACAUUGGAAUGGGAGCCUAGUGUGGCGGGUGUGGCUGACCCCGCCCUUUCCGCGUGUGCUGCUAUACUACUUGUCACAAUUAAUUAUCCAUUCUUGAGAUCAGCCGGGCUGGUUCUACUCCAGACGGUACCAGAAGGGCUCGGAGCCUGCGAGUUGCGAAGUGCUGCAUUGCAGGUGCCAGGAGUCCUCGCCAUACAUGAGCUGCAUGUCUGGCAGCUGCACCGGGACAGAUUGGUCGCUACUGCGCAUGUCUGUUAUAACUCUGAAGAUGACUUUCUGAAAAGCUCAAAUCAAGUGAGCGAUGUAUUUAAACGUCAUGGAAUAAACUUGGUUACAUUGCAGCCAGAGUUCAGCCUUGCUGCAAUCACAGAUUCGGGUGAAGAAAAGAAACAUUUAAUAGAUUUAGCAAAUGCUUGCUGUUCCUGUCCGUGUGCCAAGGAGUGUACAGCACCGCGGUGUUGUGCGGCGCCUCCAAAGCCUACCAUCACACGAAUAUAG